AUGAUCAGAUGUCGACCUAGCAACGCGGGGUUGAGACAUUCUAGAAAGAAGGGUUGUCAUCCGGAGUCCGCGCCCACGAGACCUCUUCCUCGCCCUCCAUCACUUGGUCUCUUGGACCAAUACAUCCUCAAUGCCUUCCCCUCACGAUCAGUCGACGUUGCAGCCAUCAGCUACGACAUAUCGGACACUACCACACAUCUCGUUCAGCUAUCACUGCGCCAUCUCUCGAACCGACAUUUGACCUUCUUUCUUCCCAAGAUUGCCGUUCAUGCCGUGCCGCUUCCACCGACCUUGCCUUUUGGUCGAUUCCCGUUUUCCGUGCAGAACAAGAGCCGAAAUCUGCGCUCCGUCACCCCUGACCCCUGCCCCAUCGAUCUUCGCCGCUGGACCGAGUUUGGGAUUUCCGACCGCCUGGUGCUCUUCGCUUGCGAGUUUCCUAAUUUCAGCAGUGCCCUGGACUCGAUCUGGUGGACGUGGCAGACCCCAGGCAGAGACCUCUUGGGGUAUCACGAGGUCCGUCUUGUACCACCACUCCGAUGGUACACACCCAUUUGCGAUGCUGCAUAUGCACUUAUUCAAGGAAAUAGACAUCUGUGGCCUGCCAGUGAACCACGCGCGCAAUGCAACGCCCGGCCACAACCUGACAGACUGACAGCUCUCCCCGCGUCGGAGCCGAGCCCGGACGAGCAGUAUUUUUCCCUUUUACAGUUUGCUGACCGCUCACAGCUCGCCAGAAAUUCCCACCAAGCGCCCACCCUGCACGUAACAAGGGAGAUCUUCACAUCCAUUUUGCAUGCCACCUUGGAUCGGCCAUGUCGACAUUUACGGUCAUCAUCGCCGUCUUGUCGACCCUUUGGGCCUCCAGCGUGGGUCUUCUUCACGGCUUAA